ACUCAACAAAAUCGUUUCAUCGCACAGAAAAUAUCUUUUCCAUUGAUUUCCAUUGUUGAAGUUGAAUUCGACCUUCUCGUAGCAUGGAUUCGUAUCGUCAAGGUAGCUCUUCAAUGGCGAUAGUUUACUGAGGCAACAAUUGCAGGCUUGUAUUAAGUUCAGAACACAAGAGAGCGUUGCUGUGUUUUAGCUGUUUCUAAAUAGUGUUUAAACUGCUCAAGGCCAACAUUAAUUUGGACCUGAUAAAGAUGGAUUUUGGUGAGGAUAUGGAGUCAAAUGUUGAUUUUCACAUAAAUGAUGAGGCAAAAAGGAUGCUUAAAGAGAUUGAACUGGUGAAGAAGAAUGUUGAGAACUCUGAGCUCUAUGCUGGAAUGUGCUUGAAUCUCAAACAGAAUAAAACAAUUCAAAAACACUUCUUUCGUCUUUUAGGUGGCCAUUCACAUGUUCAGGUGGUAAUCUAUGGUUUGGGAAGCACCGAAUACAGUUUUAGUUCACAGUUUCAGCUUGCUGUAGUUCUCCUACUAAAACGAGAUUUUCCCAAUUGGAUUGGCAAUAUAGAAAUAUACGAUCCCUGCAUGUCUGCGGCUGAUAUCAUAUUUUUCGAGAAACUAGGUCUUGAGGUUCUCACCAAUGAUGAAAAUUGUAAGAGGAGAGCUCAGAGACCAACAAUGUUCUACAUGCCUAAUCCUUGUUGGUAUCUUAUUGGAAACCUCUUGGGAGCAAACUGGUCUUCAUCUUGUCUUAACAAGAUUUUUGUGCUGACAAACUCAUUUAGCUACACACUGACCAAUGCGCCUCGAUGUAGCACUUCUCUAGAAACAGUGAUACGCUUAGAGAGAAUUCUGGACUUCACAACAGAGGUUACCAUAGAAACUAGUGGCAAUCAGAAGUAUGCUAAUCUGUUCUCAGGAUUUGCCUGGCAUUUCUUUGACGUGGAUCCUAACAAUGACAUUGACAAACCGGGAUGCUAUUGGUUGGACAUGCAAAGGCAUCUUGAAGAAGGAUUUUUGGAAAAUAUGAGAAGUAAUAUGACUAGUGAGGAUUUUGCACAAAUUUGGAUUGAUUUUCGUGGGGCUCGGCGUUUAAGAUGCAAAAAUGUACCUCCUCCUCCAGGUUGCAUUAAGCUAAACAUCUAUGGUAUUGGUAGAAAGAGUGAUCAGCCAGGACGAUAUAGUGGCAUCUUCCAAGAUGAAAAAGGGAAGUGUUUUGAUAGGUAUAGGGGUGACAUUGAUGUUGAAGACAAUGUGAUUGCUGGACUAGAGGCCUUGAGGAUUGGGUUGGCAGGAUGCAUGGAAGGAAGGCCAAAUGCGCCAAAGUUGAUUGUGGAGUCCGACAAUGUUAUACUUGUCCACUAUGUUAAUGGUCUCCCUGAGCCAAAUGACACAGCCAUGCGCUGGUUGGGAGAAAUUUUCGACAUGCUGAAACAUAUAGCUUGUGUAGUUUGCCAUAUCUACGAAGAAGCCAAUGAAGCUUCUAGAGAUUUAGCUCUGAAAGGUGAAUGUCAUAGAUAGCUUUGUAGUUUACUCAAAUUCAGUUUGCAUUUUAUGGCAAAUAGAUUGUUUCUGUUUUAAUUGCCAGUUUUUUCUACAGAAUUGCUUGCGUCUUUUGGAAUCUACAAAUGAUUGGAAAUCUUAGGAGUAUGUAUAUAUGGGCUAUAUUCUCUUUUAUGGAUUACAUGUCUAUUUUGCUCAUACCAAUAAAUGUAGUGUAGUUGGGAUCGCUGAUAAAGCAUGAAAAAAGCUACACUAAAUGAAAUAUUUUUCUUCAUUGCCCUUACUAGAAUGUUGUUGUUCCAAACGCCCCUCUUUCGCCUACGGAAACAUCCCUCCUCCAACCGUAAAAACAAGUCAAAAUUAGGUUUUGAGAGAUGCGUUAUAAGCUAGCUCCACCAGAGGAACAAGUACUAUAUAUAUGACCAGCAGUUUUUAGGCAACAGAGUGAAGUAAACACCACGCUUAGGUUGAGAAGAAAACUCAUUACUACAAAGAAAUUCCUAUUUAUAACUACAAAGUUAAACGAAAACAUUGAAAGAAGAAA